AUGAAGGAAGAAGAAAAAGAUACGAAACGUUCUACUUUUUCGGUGGAACAGCUCCAAUUAAUCUGCACCGACUACAUGUUUCCCGCGGCGAGUGCAGUUCAGGCUGUACUUACGUUCUUAGUCGAGCGAUUACUGAUUCAACCCGAGGUUCAAGACAAGAUACACGAAGAAAUUGACCGAGUGGUUGGCAGAGAUAGGAUGCCCUCGUUAGAUGACCGGCAAAAUAUGCCGUAUACGGAAGCUUGUAUCAGAGAAAUAAUGAGAUUUGAAACUCUAGUGCCACUAGGAGUAUUACAUCGGACUGUGAAGCCUACUACGAUUGACAAAUAUCACAUACCAGAGAAUACCGUAGUUGCUUUCAAUUAUGUAAGCUUACACAUGGACAAGAAAAUAUGGGGUGAUCCCGAAAACUUCAGGCCGGAACGUUUCAUUAAGAACGGAAUAUUGAAUUUGUCUGCCGACAAGUCUCUUCCAUUUGGAUCAGAUAGGUAUAUAAGGUACGACACAAAGAAAGACUUUUCUGAGAAAUCGACCAACCAACAAAACCUUAAUGUAAGAGUCAUCAUCGUCAAUGAAUGGCCAGAGAUUAAGGGCAUGAGAUUGAGCAGGUAA